AGCGCACACCACGUUUACGUGACAAUGAAGUCGUUUUCCUGUUGUCUCUAUGCCGGUUUCUGCGCCGCCGUGACGCUCGCCGCCGUCUGCGCCGUGGCGGAGAGCCGCAGCUGUGCGCUGCUCGCCUCGCCACCUUCCUACACCUUCAUCGGCGGGGGUUUCCACAUGCAGCUGGCCAUCGAGUACCCCGUUGCGGCCCACGAUGCCACCUUCACCUUCGCAUUGCCGAAGUCGUUCUUCAUCGAUGCGGCGGAGGCGGAGCAGCUCUACCGGAUGGAGACCGUUUCGGACGCUGCCGAUCGUCGUGGCACGGCUGCCGUCCCUGUGAAGGACAUCACCAGCACCUACACGCCUCUGCAGAUGACAUCGCAGUUCCUCUUCGAUAUCGAAGCUCCCGUGUUUAAGGUUCCCUACGCCACCAACGACGUCACGCUGUCUUUCAAGCAGCUGCCCGAGACGACGGCGCUGGACACGUAUUUGGGAGCACGAAAUGCCGGAGCAGGCGCAGAUGCCACGGCGUCCGCGGCGGCGGUGGCACGUCUCGUCAUUCCGAUCCACUCUCGCUACGACACCCUCGAUACAACAACGCCGUUUUCGCUGAAGAACUUCCUGCUGGGCGAGGGGGCCUACGUGCACCGGUGUUUACCAAAGAUAGAGCUGACUGGCACGUCUGAUGCUCGUUGCGGAGGCAAGCCGUUUUCCUCCGGCGUGUCGGAGUCCUCCUUGCGUGAUCAUGUGCUGUAUCAAACCUGUCUGGAGUUGCCCGUGGGGUUGCUGAGUGACCUACCGUAUGUGUACCACGCGCUGAUGGGGCUGCUCGUUAGCGGGUGCGGUGAUCGUCAUUCUAGCCAUUCGCUAGGUGUCAGGAGUGGGGGGGGGGGGGAACCAGCAGACGCCGUCUCCCACCACCGCAAUGUCGCAUUAUGUGUUGUCGUUGUUCUCCUGCCUCUCUAA